UUUUCAUAAAAUGUUGAAGAUGAAUAUCCUCUUUUAUCGAGGCGAAAUUUUUGAUUUGAUAGUGGUCAUCAUCGGCUCUUCGAUGAUGGCCGAAAACACAGACUCCCCGCCGACGUAGCAAAAAAAGUGUUACAUACUUAUCUCUUACUAUGACCCUCUUAGCUGAAAGACGAGCGCAAAUGCCUUUCCUUCAAGGUCCAUACGUUGGUCAUUCUCACAAAGCAAUCUGCAUUGAAAUGACGGCUUGACAGAUACUGCUCUGAAGCGCCGCAGGUUCAACUUAUUGUUAGUCCGCCUCAGCUGAGUUGCGAUAACAAAGAUUUAACAAUCUUCCAAAUCUUUGCAUUAGAAACAUUGCGAACUUAGUCAUUUCGGAUGUGAAACAGUGUUAUAAAAAAAGAACAUAGGACGCACCUGAUGAACUUGCUGCUCUUACUACUUCCACUGGCGGGAGCUUACAUAAGCCCGAACAACAACAAACAAAUUUUCAGAAGCUCGAAUCAGUCCCCGUUUCCAGCCUUUCUCAACAAAUGUAACGCAGCAUGUCCCGGGCAUUGCGAAGAUGGAUGGGCGUACUUUAGCGAUACGGAUGCUUGCUACAAGAAUUUCUUCGAUGCGAACUAUAACGAUGCAGAACACCUCUGCAACAUUCUUGGAGGACAUCUGGCUUCAAUUCACACCUAUAAAGAGAAUUAUUUUGUUGCAGAGUUGGCAAAAAUGGGUAGAGUAAUUAGUGAUAUUCACGACAUGACUUGGAUAGGCUUACGUGAAGGUCCGGAAAAAGAUAAGUGGAUAUGGACUGACGGAACCAAGCUUGACUUCACUGUGUGGGCUUCGAAUUCGCCUGAUCGUAAAUGGAAAGAAGGCAAACGCUGCGUGCUGGUAUGA